AUGAUGCUCUCCGUCAACGCGCUCCUCGUCGCUCUCACCGCAUUCUCUGCUCUCUCGUCGGCUGCGCCGUCGCCCUUCAACACGCCUCUCCAUGUUCCUCUCACGAGACGAGCCUCCACUAGGAGGUCGACAAACUCGACAGUCACCAUGGACCGCUUCUCCAAGGCUGCUGACUUUAUUCGCCAGAAAUACGGCUUUAUUUCUACCGCUGAGUUCCAGAGGAGACAGAGCUCGACUGGCUUCGCAAUAACGAAUCAGGGUGCAGAUACAAGCUACUUCGGCACCAUCAACAUUGGAACCCCAUCGCAGAGCUUUGACGUCGUACUCGACACUGGCUCAUCCGACUUGUGGCUCGCUGGUUCACAAUGCACGCAGUGUCCCAAUGGCACUCCAGAAUUCGACACGUCUGCCUCGUCAUCCAUUCAAACGUCCUCCAACCAAGUACAGAUCAACUAUGGUUCGGGUUCCGUGAUAGGUACUCUCGCGCAGGAUACUGUCAGUAUGGGUGACUUCACUGUCUCGGACCAAACGAUGCUUGUCGUGGACCAAAUGACAUCGGGUCUCGUUGACGGCUCCAUCGCCGGUAUCAUGGGCCUCGCAUUCCAAACGAUCGCGUCCACCGGCGCCGUCCCGUUCUGGCAGGCUCUCAUCAACAACAACCAAUUCUCGAGCCCAGAAAUGUCCGUCUUCCUCACGCGAUUCUUGGACGACGCUCAGGCCACCGACGAAGAGCCCGGAGGAAUCUUGACCUUCGGAGGCACCAACUCCACCUUGUUCUCCGGCGACAUCGACUUCCAGGACUUCCCCAGCGGUUCGACAGCCAGCUAUUGGCUGCAGAGUAUUUCUGCGAUUACCGUGAAUGGGAACACCGUCACCCCCAGCAGUAGCGAGGCGUUGGCGGCCAUUGAUACUGGGACCACCCUCAUCGCUGGGCCUUCGGACGCCGUUGCUAACAUCUGGUCCCAAGUCGAGGGAUCGCAGGCGCUUUCGGGGCAAAUGGCAGGGUUCUUCUCCUAUCCUUGCAACACCAACGUUUCCGUCGCGUUCUCGUUCGGUGGACAGUCAUGGUCGAUCAACCCAGACGAUAUGAACCUCGGCACUGUCUCUAAGUCUCAAUGUCUCGGUGGUAUCUUUGAUAUCUCACAGGGCACGAACAUCGGUAGCGACAGCUCGGUACCCAGCUGGAUCGUCGGAGACACCUUCUUGAAGAACGUCUACGCCGUGUUCCGCCAGAAUCCUGCUUCGGUUGGGUUUGCGCAGUUGUCGAGCGUGGCUGGUGGGUCGGACGCCACAGGGACAGGCGCAACGUCUACGUCUCCGGCCAAGUCGUCGGCGAUCACGUCUUUUGGGGCGACACCAAGUCUGCGUCCACCGAGUAGCACGCUGUCAUCGGGCCUCAGCUCGAGUGCGCAUUUGACCUACUUCUCCUUGAUUGUUUCCGUCUUCCUGCUUUCUAUGUCAGGAAAUUGA